AUGGUGUACAAAUGUAACCAGUUUGGCAAAACCAUUCUUCAAGGAUCAUACCUCAGUGGACAUCAGAUCGUCCAUAUAGCAGAGAAAUUAGAUAAACCUGAUGUAUGUCAAAGAGCCUUUAGUCAGAAUUCAUGUCUUGCCAUUAAUUGGAGAACUCAUAAUGGAGAGAGACCUCACAAAUGUAAUUUGUGUGGCAGGGUCUUUAGUAAUAAAACAACCCUUCGAAGUCACCAGAGAAUUCAUAGUGGAGAGGGACCUUACAGGUGUAAUGAGUGUGGCAAGGUCUUUACUCAGAGAGGAAGCCUUGCAUGCGAUCAUCGGAUUCAUUCUGGAGAGAGGCCUUAUAAAUGCAGUGAGUGGGGCAAGACCUUUUUCUGUAGUCAUAAAACAACCCUUGGAAGUCAUCAGAGAAUUCAUACUGGAGUGAAACCUUACAAAUGUAAUGAGUGUGGCAAGGUCUUUAGUCAUAAAACAAGCCUUAGAAGUCAUCACAGAGUUCAUACUGGAGAGAAACUGUACAAAUGUAAUUAAUGUGGCAAAGUCUUUAGUACAAAAACAAACCUUACCACUCAUCAGAGAAUUCAUUCUGGAGAGAGACCGUAUAAAUGCAGUGAGUGUGGCAAAACCUUUCUUCAGCUCUCGCAUCUCACACAACAUCAACUAAUUCAUUUAGGAGAAAAACCAUAUAAAUGUGAUAUAUGUGGGAAAGGCUUUGGUCAAAAUUCAUACCUUGCAAGUCAUCAGAGAAUUCAUACUGGAGAGAAACCUUAUAAAUGAUAUCUUUAGUCAUAAAGCAACCCUUGUCAGUCAUAAAAGACUUCAUACUAGAGAGAAGCACUUCAAAAGUAAGAGUGUUGAAAAGGCUUUACUGAGAUCUCAACCCUCACUACACAUCAGGGAAUGAAUGCAAACGGCAAACCAUAUCAAUGUAAUAUACAUGGGAAGGUAAUCAUUCAAAAUUGACACUUGAUCUGGGGUGAUUCAUUGUGUGGAGAAAUGGACAUGUCUUGGGUGUGGCAAAGCCUCUCUUAACCAUCAGAUAAUCCAUACUGGACAGAAAUCAUAGAAGUGUAAUGAAUGUCUCAAUGUCUUCAGUUCAAUAUUCUUACCUCAGUGUCCACCAGCAACAUUGUAAAUCAACUAUGCUUCAAUAAAAAAAAGAAAAGGUCCACCAUGAAUUCCUGCUAGAGAGGAAGGUUCCAAAUACAAUGUGUGUGGCAAAUCCUUCAUUGUACUUUGAAACCUAGCUUACAAAGAAUCCCUAUUGGUGAGGAACAUAAAGUAAGAGUUUUAGCAGGUGUGCACAUCUUAAGCUUCAUUGGAAAAGUCGUACUGGAGGGAAAUCGGAUAAAUGUGUUUAGUAUGACCAGGCCUUUAGUCAGGGAAUU